CGGCAUCGUUGAGCUUGCGUAUGAUGCCUGGCACGCUGCCGCAUCCCUUCUUGGGCCCUUCUCCAUUGUCAUUUUCUACGGGGCAGUGCUGAUCUGCUACUGUUUUUGGUUAGCGAAGAGCGAUCUUGCCAUGCGGUCUCCCGAUGUUCAUCUGGCACCUCAUGUUACCCUUGAGCGCGAGGUGGAGGCUGCACUGGAUAUAAGUGCAGUCGCCGGCUGCUCAGGACUCGGACGGUCUCGCGAUCUCCUCGUACCGAGCCACUCCGCGCGACCAGCUCUCAAGGGACCUCAACACGAUGUCUGACAGUUUCAACAUCGACACAUGGACGUGGAUCACUGGUGCCAUCAGCCUCGCCACUGUGUUACCUCUACUCUACACUUUUGUCAUGACCCAAAUCCCCUUGACGAAGGUGAAAGCUCUCGAAGAGGCCAUAGAUGAUACGAAGGAUCUCCUCGACUCUGUGAUCGAAAGAGGACUACUUUCGGAUGUGGGUUACAUCGCUAAGAGCAAGCUAGCUCUAAUCAGCAUUGAGGGGCAUGCGAUUGACUUCAAACUAUCCGCAUACUCUGCAAAGACCCUUGGACAACAAAUCAAGGGCAUGGUCACGGGCGUGUCUUACGGUAUCUAUCGAUUAUGCCAGCAAGUCAACAAACUACGCGCCGACAUCUCUGUAAGUCUGGUGAAUCUUGUUCGUUCUCUCUAUGCUAAUCUAUAUGUACGCCAGGAAACGACAUCUCAAGCACAGAUGCGUCUACAAAGCGAGGGGCGCGCGCCUUUGCUCUCGGCCGAUGACGCCACAUCGACGACUGCACCGUCACCCCGUACCCAGGAAACACCAGAGCUCGAAAAACACUCCGUGGAUAUCGCCGACCUUGACGACCCGUACGUGCGUACUGUGGAGCUAUCGUACGAGCAGUACGAGCAUUCCGCCCUAUUCGACAAGGAAGCUCGAUGGUCGAUGUCAACAGAUACCCAACACGAACACGCGGUCCACUCCGCGGCAGCUGAGCCCGAUGCCUGAGCUCGCCGCUACGAGUGGCAUCCGUCAUACCCGCGAGACAGCCACAGGGCUCUCGCAAGCAUUAUUGGAUUCCCUCUACUAUGUACGUUCGAUGCAUCAUCUCAUUAUUAACGUGAAUCUAUCAUUAGAAUGUAUACAUCUCUGCUUCGAGAGUAGCAUCCUAUUUAUCUGCCCUGCACAGCAACUGGAUGUAGCGAUUGUCUUGAACCUCGCGACCUCUAAGUAUGUUGUAAAAGGACGACUUUUCCUUGAGAUUGCUAGCAGGUCUAUCCAUGGCUUAUUGGGAGAGGUCUCACUAGUCGGCUCUGAAAGGGCUGAUUUCG